AUGCACAACAUCGACCUCGCCGUGAUCCCAGACUUGGCGAUUUCACUGCUGCUGGAUUGGACUGACAACCAGGAUUAUGUAGCAGGUCCCCACAGGCCUACUCGGCUGCGUGCUUUGUAUGAGAGCUACAACAAUUUUAUUGGACGUGACAUCGAUCGAGCAGAUGCCAAGCUCUUCAAUGCAGAGGUCUUGAAACCCAACUCCAAUACUUUUGUGAGUGUUUCCCAGCACUACCUUUCAGCGGCCGCUGCUCGCGGGCUUUUGGUAUGGAUGGCAAAAGUGGCUGAGGAUUUCGCUGCCGCAGCUCCGACGAGGGAGAAUCACUGGCGAGCUGGUGCGUGCUUGGGACUGCUGAAACUUCAGCAGAUAGCUAUGGACAAUGGGUACGUCAAUGCUGGCCGAGCUCCCGGAUGCAGUGGUGGAGCUCAGUCGGCUUUGCUAUUUCAGGACUGGAUUGAGGUUGCUUCUUCAGUGAUGGGAGAUGUGUCAGAGCAGUCUGGAGCGUGGUGGAAGUCUGUGAUGCUGCUGGUGGAGAGUGCAUAUGUAAGAUGGUUGAACGCUACGCCGUUGGAGCGGUUGUCAAUUGGCCCGGAAGGAACUGAAGACCUUAUCGGGUCUCGCUGGACCCGUCUGAAUGCAAGGGUGACGUCGAUGCUGUUGUCUGCGAUGAGCUCAGAGCUGAAGGCGGAUAUGCUGUCACAAAGGAUAAGCCAGAAUGCCCCGAAGAUGGUGUUUCGGUUGUUUACAUGGUAUCAGCCGGGAGGGUCAGCGGAGAGACACGAAGUGUUGAGGAGAUUGCAAGCUCCCCAGGACUAUGUGCAGGGGGACACUGUUCAGGAUGCCUUGAAGGAGAUCCGCGGCUGGCCGAGGUGGUUGGCAAGAUGUUCCAAUAUGGGGAUGGUUCCACCAGACCCUUCAGUGAUGGCGCGGGGACUGCACAACGUAUCGCAAAAACAUAUUGCAACCUCGCAGGACUCGGCGUUCAGAACAGCUAUGCUGCGCACCUCUCUUCGCUUGGACGGUCAGCCGUCACUGGAGCAAGUGCGCUCGUAUCAGCGCCACCUGCAGGCGGAGCUCGAGAACCUCUCAGCAGCGCGAGUGCAAUGUGGGGAAGCCUGGACCGAAGAGCACUUCGACCACUACACCUACGAGACAAGGGGUGUGCUCCAAGGUGUACCGUGGACAAUGGAAGGUCUGAUGCAAGCGGCCCAGCAGGUGAUCCAAAAUCAGGUGACGUCGCCUUCGGGGGAUUCUUCUCCUGAGAAGACCAAGCCUCAGCUCCGGGUGCUUUCUAUCCGGGAUAUCCGGGUUUCGUCAGUGAAUGACUCAACUUCAGCGCUGCUAGACUCAGGGGCGACACACUGCCUGAGGAAUGCGGUGGACAAUAGGGAGUGGCAGGAGUCAGAAGAGGUCUUGGUGAAGUUGGCGGCAGAUAAGUCCUUGACAAUGAGGUUGAGCUCCGGAGGAUCAUUGCUGAUGCCACCAAGGACACCCAGUACCACGGCAUCUACUACAAGUACUGGGGCUCAAACCAUAGUUCCCCUUGGUGAGCUAGUGAGAACUCUGGGAUACACUUUGACGUGGUCGCCACAGGGUUGCAAGCUGCAGGAUGAUAGUGGUGUUGAGCGCAACUUGAGAGUUUCCGGUGGGUGUCCUCUUCUACAGGAAACGGAAGCCCUUGCAAUGAUCUCGAGGUUGGAGGACAAGAAAAGGGAGCUGCUUGAGAGCCAGACGGCGGCCACUAUGGAUGCUGUGUCAUUGGCAGCAAUGAAGUUGGAGAUGUCCUGGAGGGAUCAUUUGGACCAGUAUGUUAAGGAGGGAUCUGUGGAGGCAGGAGUACGAGCGCUACGUGAUGCUCCGUUUCUGCAGGAUUUGCCAGGCGAGUGCUUGGAUGGACUAGUUCAGACGGGCCUACACAAGAAGGGCUGGAAGGUGAUGAAGGAUGUUGACUUUCUCACGAGGCCUCAGAAGAGGUAUCUUUGGGGAGCCCGAAGGUGGAUUGUUCAUGUGUGCGCAGGCAAUCCGGGCCACUACCAGUUCUUCCAGCUCGAUGAUGGCCACACGGCAGUGCUGGAGUUGGACUUGGAUCGCAAUCGUGGCCAGAGCUUGAUGAAGGAUUCCACAUGGAAGUUGCUUCUUUGGGGCGCAGUUAUGGGAAAGAUAGACUCCAUUGUAGGAGGACCUCCCGGGAGGAAUGCCCACCUGAGCCACCCCAGUAAGAACGAGGGCAAGGAUGUGAAGAGCCUGGCGGUGAUAACGCGAAUGCUGUGGUUGUACUCAGUGGCGGCGACGGCAAGGACGGCAUGUUCAAAGGAAGUUCAGCAGCAGCAUUAUGGUCGGCCGGUGGGGUUCGUUUUGGAGCAUCCGGCGGAGGAGCUUCGCGCUGAGCAGUCAUUGUGGAAGACGGCCUUGUGGGAAGACUUCCAGGAGGAGAUGGGAAUGUCCAAGGGAACCAUGGGUCGUGGCUUGAAGUACCUCUUUGUCGCUCGAUAUGUGUUCCCUCGGGAGUUCGCGAAGGCCUACUCGGGGCAGCUACCUCCUGAAGAUGACGGUUUGAAGGAUGUCCCUGAGGUACAGCGAGGUGAUGGAGUGGACCACAGCGAUGGCAAGGAGCUUGCGAGACCUUCUCUACUACCACCAGGUGAAGAUGGGGGAAACGGUAGUGGGCACCCCUUAGAGGACCACAGCGAUGGCAAGGAACUUGCGAGACCUUCUCUACUACCACCAGGUGAAGAUGGGGGAAACGGUAGUGGGCACCCCUUAGAGAACCACAGCGAUGGCGAGGAGCUUGCUAGACCUUCUCUACUACCACCAACAGAAGAUGAGGAUCCGUUCGGACUAGCAGAGCACGAGUCGAGCGGGCAAGGUCUGAAUCCGGAUGGUGAAGAUGAGCAGAGUGAGCAAGGUCACCAGUCGUCAUACGAUGAAGAAGUGGAUAGAGAUCUUAUGGGUUUCGCUGGUGGGUCACAAGAACAAAAGCGACGUUACACGGCUGAGGAGUUAGACUACGAACCAUCAGUACCCGAAGGUGAUCCUCAAGUCGAACUACAAGAUGAUCUUCCCAGGAGGAGUGCUCAGGUCCCUUUUCCGGACUGUGAAGCCCCAGAGAUGACUCACCUACUAUUCGCACGGGCGCUGCCAAACAAUGGGACAAUGGCGGUUAAAGCGGCACUACAAGAUGUGACGUUGUACCUGGAGGCUCAUGGACUGCCAGUGUACCGGCUACAUGCGGACAAGGGCGAGACCUACAAUCACAUGAUUCGCUCCUGGCUUCGAGACCAGGGGAUUAGAGCCACAUGGUCAGAACCUGGAGUUCCCCAAGGAAAUGGACAAGCGGAAACCAGUGUGAGGUGGAUCAAGGAUCGAGCAAGGACGCUUUUGACGGCGUCUGGCCUUCCGGUUCGUCUGUGGCCUACGGCAGUGGAAGCAGCCACGGCGGCUCAAAGGGCGAAAGUUCUGGGAUGGAGGCACAAGAUGUUGGCCCCGUACGGCUCGGUGGUUCAUGUGAAGCAGAAGGCCUUUGAUUCGAGUGGUCCACGGAGGAGGGAACGGGCCUUUGAGUCGAAAUGGUUUCGAGGAGUGUAUGUGGGUCUCAGCAAUAUCCUGGAUAAUGGCCAUGUCGUCUACGUCCCCGAAACCGAGAGCUCUAAGGAGAAGUUCGUCCAUACGCUUCAUGCAAGGAAGAAGUUGGUGGAUCCAGGACGUCCACAAGAGGAGGUCAUCGUCGACAUCCCCAAGCCCAGGAGGAGAAUAUUGGAGAAGACACCAAUGGAGGUUGUGGAAAUGCGGGCUCUCAAGUUGAAGGAUGGGGAUCUCAGUGAGUACAUUAAGACCCGCUCGAACAUCUUGCUCAGCGAUUGGGAUCAACAGCAGGCUGCCCGUUUUGUUGACGAGCUAGCAGAACACGACUUCUUCGAGGAGCAUAAGUUUGGUGUGUUCAGACAUGGUGGGAGCGUUGGCUGGCUACGUGGUCUAGGGGAACAUCCGGAACUUUCCAAGCUCUUGAGUAAGCUAAUCCUCCACGACAACCCUGAGGCAACAUUUACGGCGAUACAGGUAGCUCGGAACAUGGACAAAGAAGUUCACCGGGACUUUAACAAUGACGAGCGAGCGGUGAACUACGUCUAUCCGAUAAGGAUACCAAAGCAAGGAGGUGAUCUUUGGGUUGAGUUGGUGAAGGGCGACGAUGUGAAGGGCGAGAUCAUGGAGCGUACCGAUGAUCGAGGUCAGCGGCGCUAUGGUCAGCUUUACAAAAUGAGAGCUGGAGCCACAACGGUGUUUUCGCCACGAAAGCUUCAUGAGGUACUACCGUGGGAAGGGACACGCACUGUGGUGAUCGCCUACACGCCUCAGUGUCUAGGGAAGCUGGACCAAGAGAUGGUGAAGGAGCUGGACGCCCAUGGAUUUACAGUCCCCCUGACCCAGAUGCCGGAGUACUUUGUGCCAGAAGGGAUAGAGGUGAGUACGCUUCAAGUUCCAGAACCAGCUCGGGAGGAGGAGCUCAACUCCAAACAAGCGACCUACGUCGAUGAUAUAGGUGAUACAGACCUUGAGGAGUGGGACAUGUUCGUGGAGCAAGAUGAUGACUUGAUAAAGGUCGGCGAUAGUGAGGAACCCCCCAUUGAAAUGAAGGAGCCAGUCCUACGAAAGGUGGAAGUGGCAUACACAAGCAAUGUGGAGGAGAUUCUCAGCAAGUUGACCAGCCCCUUGGAGGUGACCUACACAGUGGAUCCGCGAGAGGUACACCAGCACCUCGAGCGAUGGCGCCCGGCAAUUGAACGAGAAGUAGCAAGUGUGGCAGUGGCAAUAUGUAAGCUCCUCCCAGGAACAUCACAGCGGUCUGAGUGGAUACGAAGACCAGGGGCCCAGAAGCUACCAACCAAACUGGUUUUUACGGUGAAGCCCGGGAGCAACCCGGAUCCAGCAGACCCCAGUACGUGGUAUAAAAGAAAAGCUAGGUUGGUGGUUUGCGGGAACUACGCGUCGGCCGAUGGUUCAGACCUCUACUCCGAGACGGCACCGUCGGAGUCAGUGAGGAUGGGUUUGGUAUACUCCAUCCGACAAAAAUGGAUGGUGGGACUUAUUGACGUUGUUGCAGCGUUCCUACGUACACCGUUGAACCAUGAAGAGGGAGCACCGACUAUCAUUGUCACCCCACCACGAUUGUUGGAGCGGCUGUCUAUGACCCUAGAAGGAGAACUGUGGGGCCUGAUAAGGGCCUUAUACGGUCUUCGGCAGGCACCGGCCCUCUGGAGUGCCUAUAGAGACCGUCGGCUAGAAGCUAUGGAGUUCCCGAUGGGCAUGAAGCUACAUAGGGGGCGGACAAUUACGGCUUGGUGGAUUCUCAAGGACUGCAAGGGCAAGAUCCGUGCCCUCAUCAUAAUCUACGUGGACGAUAUCCUGCUAAUGGGUGAGGAGUCGGUUGUCCGUGACGUGGCCUCAAAGAUUCAGGAGGAGUGGACUACUUCCCCACUUACCUUCUUACGCCCUGGGGAACCGAUUCGAUUCCUAGGGACGGAAAUGGAGGUGGAUGCCGAGCAUACUACCGUGUAUCUAAGCCAGCGGGGCUACAUCGAGGAGGUGGUUCGGUCUUAUGGCUUCAGUGAAGACGACAAGGCAAAGAUCCCAUUGGCCAAGGACUUGGGAAGCUUCGAGUGGGUCGAGGGGGAUGUGGAACCGACACCGGAUGCCAUAGCGAAGGCGCAAAAGGUGACCGGUGAGGUGAUGUGGAUGGCUCAUAAAACCCGUGCUGACGCAGCAUUCACUUCGAGCUUGAUGGCGUCUAUUACAUUGAAGGCGCCUUACAGAUGCUUGGAGAUAGGGUACAAAUUGCUCAAGUACCUCUACGGCACCAGAGAAGCGAAGCUAGCUAUCCGAGAUGAUGGUACAUGCCUUAUCCUCUACCCGGACGCGGCGUUCGCCCCGAGCAGCGGGAGAUCACAUACGGGAUGGUUGGUGUGUUGGUGUGGAACACCGGUCUGUUGGAGGAGCGGAAGGCAGGCCAGCAUUACGCUGAGUACGGCGGAAAGUGAGUUGCAGGCCAUCAUAGAAGGGGCCGUUGGGAUGUUAGGCUUGGAGGCGAUGCUGCUUGACUUGGAAGUGGAACCCAAGGUUAAGGUGAUCAGGAGUGAUUCAACGAGCGCUUUGGCUAUUGGUGCAGGGACUGGAAGCUGGAGGACGAGACAUUUGAGGCUGAAGGCCUCUUGGAUCCAGGAGAUGAUUUCCAAGGGCGAGGUGGUUGCAGAACAUCAGCCGGGAAUUCACCAGCCAGCAGAUCUGCUUACGAAACCUUUGGCUGGGCAGCGCAUACGAGAUCUACUACAAUUAUGGGGAAUCACUGAUGGUCAACCGGCAAGGACCUACGUGCAGAGCUCAACUUCUACUACGGCCAUAACGCGUAUGAUGGUUGCAAUGGUUUGCUGCCUGUUGGUGUUGACAGUCGAAGCCCAGGGUCAUCGGUCACGUGGAACCAUUGAGGUGGGUUGGGACUUGGUAGCGAUCUUUAUGGGACUACUGAUGGUUCUUGGAGGCCUCAUCUUAUAUGAGGCGGUUCGAUGGGGCGUGGUCGAGGCCUACUACAAGCCCAGUUGGGGCCACUUCCUCCACGAGCGAGUUCGUGAGAGGAUCUACCAGCUCGUCUAUGAGCGAGUCGAGGAGGAGACCGUCUACACCACCGAGGGCGAGGCCACAACCGGUGGAUCGAUCAACCUCACCAUUGCCGCCGAGACGGAGAUGAUCAAGUUCCUCAUGAUGAAGGGCUUCGGGCUGCUAACAUUCGGCCAGUGCACGGUGAAGAAGCACCCACUGCCAAUCUGCAACUACACACCGGAGGAUGUCACCUACUUCGGUACGAUCCGCGCUCGCUGGGUGCAGAUGCGACGACACGCCAUGGGUUUUGGCGAUCUGAGCUACAUUUUCAUGAUCCUCCCCCUGCUGCAGGUUGCAACGAGGUCACCGGGAAGCUCCUCCAGAGCUUUCGGCAGCACCGUGGGCAAGGCGUUCCCAUUGCUGCUGCGCAUCACAUCUGUGCACGUCACCCUCGGCCUUCUCACGGUCUUCGGAGUGCUCCUGGCCGUGCUGUCGAUGCUCGAGCUUGCCGACGUUAUCGAAGCGGGCCGGAUUGACCGUAUCAUCACACUGGGCAGGGAGUUUCAAGCUUUACUCCUGGUGGGGAUUGUCGGCUGCGGCGCUGUUUCCGCCUGCCAUUUCGCGCGAGCCUACCAGUUUGUGAUGCGGAAGUUGGAGCGGCAGCGCACCGACGCCUUCGUUGACUGGUGUCGAUUCUGCUUCUACUUGAUUUGGGCUGGUCCUUUCUUCUUCCUCGCGAGCGGUCUCUGCUCCUGCCUGGCGGCUAUCCAGAUGCUUCGUGGCCCGAGCAUGGACUACGUGGUCGCACCGAAGCCCCGCCCCAGACCGCUCGCCGAGGAGUAUGAGGCAUGCACAGAGGCAGACUGA